AAUCGCUUGAUUUUUUGAUACUUAUGGAUGCAAGUUUUAUUGGCUCAAGCACGUCUACAAAUGUGCAAUUUUUAUUGCAUGGAUAUUGGAAAAACUAGUUAUCGAACACCAUUUUAACUUAUGCGGAAUGGGUACUAGUGCACAUGCGCAAUAGAAUGUCGCGGUCAUCUGACACUUUUGUCGGGGUGCAUCGUUGUCUCCAUAAGAAAAGGCUUCGUGUUAUGCAUUAGAAACAGUCUUUAAAGAGAAAAACAGUUUUGAAUAUAUUAUAGUUGUUAUUAUUGAAGUUAAAAUUAUUUGCGAUUUUUCAUAUUUUCGGUCGACUGAGUGAAGUAUAACCUUUACAAGCUUCGUUUGAGUUUAAUUGUUCAGCAACAAGGAGAUAAAGUGAAGACUCGAACCGCUGAGUGUAAUGGCUUUAUCAUCACGUUGCUUGAAAGUUGUUGCUUUGUGAAUGGCUUGUAAUUUUAAUGGCGCACGAAUUAGGUAAUCAUAAAAAAUUAACGGAGACAAACUCCUCAAGUAAAAAUUACCAAGAAAUAACAAAUAAUAUUGUAGAAUUUUACAUAGCAAUCAAUACAAUUUAUCAUUCUAAUCAUUCAGUCAACAAAAAAAAAAUUAUUUGGUCGGAUUGCUACAAUAUUGCAGAGAUUUAUUUUAUAAUAAUCAAGCUUAUGUUAGAAAUGUCCGUUCCAGUUUAUUCACAAGCAACCACAAGUGUAGUAAAUGUUAGCAUUAAUAAAAAAAAUAAUACAGACUCUAAAAGAGAUGUUGAAAUAAUCAAAAGUUCGCAUGUUAACUCAUCAGAGUUGAUUGAUGACUCUGGUUUAGUAUCAAAAGCAGAUGCAACACAAAAUAAUGUGUCAGAAGUUCAGAGACCACCUCAGCCAAUCGCUAAUCCAAAUGAUGUUCUUUAUAGUCAUAUUAAAAAUUAUCAAGAAAAGGUACAGUCAAAAUUUAUUGAAUUAAACAGUAACAUUAACAGUUUAUAUGAUCGUGUGCGUAAACUUCAAAUGAGAAAUAUCAGUUCACAUGUUGCAUGUGAAAUUAAAAAUACAAAAGUGCAAUGUUCUGAUUCAGAAAAGUCAAUUUUAAAAUUUAAUAAUUUUGAAAACAUAAAAACAGAGAAACUGGAACGUUUGUUUGAUUUAGCAGCUUAUUUGGAUGAUGAAGCAACUGAUGAAGAGUUUAUUUUGGAAAGUAAUGCUUGUUCUUCAGAAAAAAAAGGGAAAAGAAAGCUUGUCAGUGUGCCGCCUUCUCCAGAAGAGCUUUACAAAUGGAGGUGUAAGCAAGUAAAACUUGGUUCACAAUGUUCAUGGUUAAAUUUAAAAAUUCCUUUGCUUGAUGAGAAGAUAGACAUUUUAAAUAAAAAUCAUAUAAAGUUGAAGCAAAAAAGACUUUCUUUAAAUCAAAAUACUGGCAAAAAUGUUUCAAACGACCUAUUUAAUUAUGAAGGUAGUCGAAGGACGUUACCAGUUAGUAGUCAUUACAAACAUAGCUAUGUCAAGAAAGACACUGGAUCAUAUUCUGAUACUGCUGUGCAGUGUCAUAACUCUGAGAAUCUUGUUCCUUGUCAUCUAUGUGAAUCAUUUUUAGUGCAGUCUCAAAACAAAGUUAAUUUAAAUGCUGUGCAACUUGAUCAUAGCUAUCAUUCUAUACUCUCUCUUCCAGCUGAUAUUUGUCUAUCCUAUAAGCUUGAAGAAACUAUGCGAAUGCAAAAACUUAAUACCAAAGUAAAAAUAUCAAAAGCAAUAAAAAAAAAGAAAAAAUUUAAACUGAAAAAUAUUCCUAAACUGAACGUUGAAGUUCCAGUCGAAAAAGCCAAGAUUCAAAGAAGACCCGCUUUAAAGUUGAAAAAUGAACCAAAGAUUGACAGUUUAGUAUCAGAUGAUUCACGAAAAUUAACCACAACACACGAGCUAUCUAGACCAAAUCGCAUUCGUCAAGUACGAAAGAUCUCCGAUUGCUUAAACUACGAUAGCUCUAAACCUUCGACCCCAACUAGUGAAUGUAGCCCUUUGUCUCAAUCGUCAAUGAUUAUCAAACAAAAAAAGAAACCUUCUUUGAGCGUUGAUUAUGAUAUAAAUAACAUAAUUAUACCGUAUUCGAUUGCUGCAUCCACAAGACUUGAGAGAAUCCAGUAUAAAGAAAUACCAACCCCAGGAUGGAGAAAUAUUAAUGAAUUUCAGGAAGAUGAUGAAAAUAACGAAGAUGUUGAAUUAACGGACGAUGAGUUAUAUGAAGAACGACACGAUCGUUGUGAAGCUCUAGAGCAAAAACGUUAUACUAAUUUUGUUCAAGUAGGGCGUCGUAAUCGAUCGAACCGAAUAAGUGAAGGAUUUUCCGAGCCCCCAUCUCCAUUACAUACAGUUGAAGAUUAUUUUAAAUCGAACUUAAAUACGCCUGUUGAUUCGCCUUGUUCGGGAUCAACGUCGUUAACAAGGAUUUCCCAAAUUUCAAAUCUUACUCCUGUACCUGAAAGUGAACGCGAUGACUCUUGGAAAAUUCGACAGUUUCCUCUUAGUGACUUAGAAUGCAUGCAACUUGAUACUUCCGAUUGUGGAAAAAGUUGGUUUCGCUACCCUUCUCUUUCAGAUUCUUUUCGUUUUUCUCCUCGUUGUUCUCCCUUGUCUUCUAGGCAUACUGCGUCGCCCUUAAAUAGCCCUGUUAAUCAAAACCCUGAUAAAAAUUGGACUGUGAAACUGAUCAGUGAUGCCCAAAAGGCAGUUGAAUAUGAAGAAAAGGUUCACAAAGGCAUCGUCUUGAAGUUAGCUAAGAAGUAGCUUGUUGCAUUAAAAUUAAAAAUAAUAAAUCUGUUUUGUUCCAUUUGUAUGAUUUCAAGACACGCAUAUGUAAAUAAAGUUGGGAUAAUUUAUUCUUUUAAACGCA